CUGAUUAAAAAUCAAUGUAGCUGUGAAUUUUUCAGAACUACUGUUCCAACGAAAGCGCUGAAUUCUUCGAUUGAAAUCCUCCGAGAUCCUGUGACGUCGGUGUUUCAUCCGUUAACACCUGAUGCUCUCUUAGCCAUAGAUGCCAUCGAAUACAUUACUGAUCAUCUCAAGAAGGUCGAAGAGCAUAAGAUGUAUCGAGACGAUUGGAAGUAUGUGGCAAUGAUUAUUGAUCGAUUACUAUUGUACGUAUUUUUUGGGAUUACUGUAGGAGGUACAUGCGGCAUACUAUUCAGCGCACCGUAUGUAUUCCAAGGAGUAAAUCAACGAGAAGUACUUCAAAAGCUCAUCGAACUGUACAAGACGAGAGGCAGUCAUGCGGGUUUCUAG